AUGAUUAUUCUAUUUUUAAUUCUGCUGUACUUUGUUGCUUUAGCCAAAGAUUCUUGCGCUAUUAAUAACCCCGUUCCUUGUGGAUUUGAAGGUGUGUUAUCUGUUUCUCGUGUGUUUCUAGGCAUUUCCAGCGAGAUGUGUGUUGACAGAGGAUGUUGCUUCAAAGAGGGAGCAAGUCCGAGCUGUUUUUAUCCAAAUAUGGGAAUGGCGGAGAUUACGAAGGUUCACGUUAUCCACGGCUGUCAUUUUGAUGCCGGAUUUGUCGAUACCACGGUGAACAUUGUAAACAGAUACUUUGACGAGAUUUAUCCUCGCAUAUUUUCAGAGGGGACAAAAUAUGAAAAAAUGGGAUCAAAUGUGCAGAUGAAGUUCACGACCCAAUCUUGGCUUAUUAGUUUGUUUUAUGAUUGUCCCCAAGGUCUUGGAAUUCAUUGUCCUUCACAAGAUGCUUUAAAGCAAAUGGAUCAAUGUAUCGAUAAGGAUUGGAUUACUUGGCAUGCUUUUCCCUUCGUCUCGCAGCUAGAAAUCCUGGACGAAUCUUCGAUAUCCUUCGGCAUUAAGCUCUCCAACGAUUUAAAGCGUCGGUUUAAUAAAACGGAAUCCCAUUUCAUCAGCCAAAACGACGUUCCAGGAACGACCGCCGCCGCGAUUCCGAUUCUCAAGAAGAACGGCGUUAAUGGGGUCAGCCAGCCUCCCAAUGUACCCAAUAUCUACCGAUGGCGCGACCCAGCGAGCGGCGAAGAGAUCCUCAAUCUCAAUCAUCGCAACGGCUACGGCGGAUGGAGUUCGCUCGACGAUCUCGUGAUCAUCCCCGGAUACUCCGAAGCGAUGUUAGUCGCGUUUAACGGCGACAAUCAAGGCUCCUAUCAGCCCGGCUGGCUGCAAACCAUCUUCAACGCCGCGCAGGAUUUCUUCCCCAAAGCCGAAGUCGUCGCUUCGACGUUCGACGCCUUCAUUGAACCUGCUGCACGCUACGUGGAGGCCAAUCCCGACUCGCUCCCGCUGUUAGAAAUGGAGAUUGGAGACACGUGGGUGCAUGGAUGCGCGUCGGACCCUAAGAAACUCGCAAUGAUGCGAGUCAUCGAGAGAGAACGAACCGAUUGUGAAGCCAGCGGCGCGUGCGAUGAAGAGGAUCCACGUUACUACGAUUUCAGCAGGCUGUUUUUGUUUAAUGGAGAGCACACGUGGGGCGCCGAUACGAAAAUGUUCCUGCACGACACGGAGAAUUGGACCAACGAAGCGUUUCAUCGAUGCUUGGAAGAGAAAAAAGCGAACUUUAUGGCAACCGUGGAAACGUGGAAGGAGCAGCGAACCUGGGGAUUCGACGCACCGCUGGCCGCUUUGAAAGACCACCCGCUCAAAGAGCAAAUCGAGUCCGAGCUGGCCUUGCUGGCUCCGUCCGUUCCUCCCCUCGACGAGUUCGAAAAGCUGGAAUCGGUGGAGAACGUGGAGUUCGGCGAGUUCAUUGUGAGCAUUUCCGAGCGAACGGGGGCGCUGGUUCGACUGUUCGAUUCGAUCACCGAGCGGGAAUGGUGCGACGAGAAGCAUUCGAUCGGGUCUCUGCAGUAUUCGGUGUACAAUUCGAGCGAUUAUGACGCGUGGGAGGAUGGAGAGUGGUGUGACGCGUAG